GGAAUUAUCAAAUUGAGGGGCAUUUCUACACCCACAAAAUUAAUUAUUUAUUCGGAAGUACAUCCAAAUUAUUCAUUUUAAUCACUUUAUUAUGUCAAAUCAGAACGAUAUGGCAAAAUGACAAUUUGUGGUGAUUUUUUACACGGUCGAACAGAUGAAAGUGACAUUUUUUAAACUUUCAGUUAAUAUUAGAAAUAAAACAGGGUUUUUCCCCUCAAGAACCCUUUAUAAAUACCAACAAAUCCAUGAUAUCCGCUAACUGAGGAAUCCCAGUACUUAUACGGUCCUUCGAAAGUCGAAACAUCAGUCGUCUUUUUGCGGUCUGAAACUACGCGUACCACACCAUUCGAACACCUAAUUAGAACCGAUAUUGGGUUUGGACCUGAAAAGUGACAUCCAGCCGCUCUUUUCGGAGGACAUCGAGUGUUGAGCGAAGAAAACGCGAUGAAUAAAGGCGUGGUCGUUGUUGCCUUCGUGCUCGCUUUCAUCGGUACGAGUACGUGUCUUCCAACAGGUCUACUCAACCAUGCAGAGUUGGGUGAUAUGACAGCAGUCCUGCUACCUCAAAUACAACGAGCCGAAUACGGGUAUGGAGAUGAUGAGAUCCUGGAUCGAGAGGAGAGGGGGUUGUCCCCAUCAGGAUCGGGAUCUGGACCUCUAUCGGGACCUCUAUCAGGACUCACCGAUGAUGAAGACCUCGUCACCGAGUCUCCACAAUUAGCGACCAAGCCGGAGGUAGUCAGGCUGGCUGUACUGUCCAAGAUAAUGUCUCGCUUUGCAAGUACAGAGGUUCGAAGCAAGCUUAAGAACCUGGCUUGGAAAGCAGCUGAGGCCAAGUUUACAAUCAGCCUUCCAGAGGAUGCCUUCAUUAGCGCAUUCUCCAUGACCAUUGAUGACAUCGUCUACCACUCUGAAGUGAAGCCAAAGGACGUGGCUCAGAGGGAAUACAACGAAGCCAAAGCCAAGGGUCAAACUGCCGGACAGGUCAAACAAAGUUCACCUGACGAAAACAAGUUCACUGUGUCUGUGACUGUGGAGGCUCGAACCUCUGUCCUUUUCAAUCUCACGUAUGAGCAGCUGCUGAAGAGGAAAAAUGGUUUAUUCGAACAACGCAUCAGUAUCCAACCGGGCCAGAUGGUCCCCGACAUUCGGGUGGAGGCGCGUCUCACUGAACCCCAAGGUUUGAAGGAAGUUAAUGCUUCCUGGGCCGUAGCAGACAAGUCAGACGAAGCCAAGCUAAAUGACAUGACCCUAGUUGACCUCAAGGUUCGCUCAGCCAAAGUGCUCUUCGCCUCGAAAGGGGAAGGACUACUUACCACUUCCAAUGGCAUCAUGGGAGAUUUCAUUAUCAAGUAUGACGUCAUGCAUGACGUCAAAGCAGGUCACCUUCAGAUUGUCAAUGGCUACUUCGUUCACUACUUCUCACCGGUAGGUUUGCCGAAAACGAGGAAGAACGUCGUCUUCGUCAUCGACGUCAGUGGUUCAAUGCGUGGUCGAAAAAUAGAUCAGACUAAAAGAGCGUUCACUACGAUCUUGGACGAUGUCCGCCCGAUCGAUCGUAUCAACAUCGUACUCUUCGAAUCAGAUGUUCGAGUGUGGAGGAGCAACCAGAUGGUGGAAGCUACGAGCGACAACAUAGCGGCAGCCAAGAGACAUGUCAACCGUAUAAGGGCAGGUGGUGGAACAAACUUAUACGAUGGCUUAAGGAAUGCUGUUGACCUCCUGAUGGAACACGGCAAUGGUGAGGCCAUGCCCCUCAUCAUCAUGCUAACCGAUGGACAACCGACGUCGGGCAGCGUAAAGAGCACGUCUGAAAUCAUUCAGAGAAUCACCAACCUAAUCGAUGGUCGACUGUCUUUGUUCAGCGUCAGCUUCGGCAACGGAGUCGACUUUUCAUUUCUGGAAAAACUCUCGCUUUCCAACCAAGCCCUGGCUCGUAAAGUCUACGAAGACUCGAGUGCGAGCUUACAGAUGAAAGGUUUCUACGACGAAGUCGCUAAUCCGCUCCUCUUUAAUAUCAACCUCGAAUACAGCCACGGACUCGUGGAUGAAGACAGCCUCACGCAGUCGAAUUUCAUGGCUUACUUUGACGGCACUGAAAUCACAGUGGCGGGAAAGCUAAAAGAUGACGUCAUCUAUGCCGUUUGGAAUUCCUCGAACGAAACCAUCUUACCUACAGCCCAACAUCCGGGCACGAUUUCGAUUGGGGAUGGAAAUGAAGGAGGCAGCUACGUAUACGGUGACCUGUCUGUCUUCAUCACCGGGCAGUCCCUCGAUGUCGACAUCAUGUUCAACACGUCCACACCGAUAGAGAGAGAGCACCCUCUACGUCGUCAUGAAGUGGAUGACUUCGCUCAACGUCUCUGGGCUUACCUCACCAUCAAGAAACUUCUCGAUCAACGAAAGACAGUAGACGAUCGUGAAACAAAGGCGGCGCUCUCCGAACGGGCCCUCAACCUCUCGCUCAAAUACCAUUUCGUCACACCUCUGACCUCUCUCCUGGUGGUCAAACCCGAUGUCAAUGACACCGAUAUCCAUGGAGAUGGUGAACUCGAGGUCCUGAGCGCUGAUAUGCAGAGCCAGUCAUCUUCAAAUAUCGCUCUCCAAAGUGUUCCUAGACCCAGACCCAAGGGAACUUCUGGAGUUUCCCUUAGAACGAAACCACAGUUUAUUCCACCGCUGAGUCGGCAGUCGAUUCCACAGUCCGUUCCAAACCCGGCGCCUGUCGUAUCAUCUUUCAGACCACAGUUUAUUCGACCGUUGAGUCGACAGUCGAUUCCACAGUCCGUUCCAAAGCCGCCGCCCGUCGCAUCAUCUUUCUGUGAGUAAUAUUUCCUUACCUAUAACAUCAAUAUAAUUUUCCUUGCCAGAUCUCUAGCUUUAUGAAUGACCUUAGAAUUAAAAAAAAA